GAGAAGCGUCAUAAUCAUAUGUUUGUAAGAAAGAAAAUCACGAGUCGUUCAGGUGAACCCUGUGGCUAAUGGGCCUAUUGCAUUAGCUCUUAUGGUUAUCAUGUAAACAGUUAAUCGCAGAACGACCCUGGUGUUUGGCGAUGGCCGAAAUUCAGAAGUAGGCCAAUUACGCAGAGCAAACAGAGGGUCUGACGUCACCCCUUUAGUUGGGGAAUGACUCGGUCACCGGAUGUUGCAAAAACUGUCUAAAGGCGAUUCCAUUUAUUUCGUCGAGGUUUGUCAAGUUUCGAUAUGUUAGUAUCUCUGCAUAAAGAAAUGAAUUUUCAUUCUAUAUUUAAUCUCAAUUACAUGCUAAUGAAUUUAUUAAUGGAAAACAACGAAAAGACAUAAACUUUGACAGUAUUUUUUAUGGAAAUUAAGUCGUCAAGAACCUGAUUAACCCCUCGGCGGAAGUUGACAGCAUGCGGGUGUGACGUCACACGGAAAACAGAAACAAGAUGGAAAAUUAAGCGAGACAGGUGCGAAAUAAACUGUGAUACCACGAUGAAUUCUGAAUUAAUUACCUCCAAAUUCGAUGCUGAGGACGAAGGAGGGGUGCACGAUGAAGAGCCGGAAGUUGUCAUUCGAACAGGACUUAGUUAUUUUAAAGACUAUGUGGUUUCGAAAGGACACAGUCUGCAGAGCAUCGUCAUGAUGCCGCCCAUUCAAAUUGCAGAGUAUCUUAAGGAUUUUUACACCACCGUAAAGUCACAGGACAUCGAGCCGUUUCCAUCCUCUCUCAAAUACAUUAGAACUGGACUACAGAAGUAUUUUAUGAAACACCAUGGUAUAGACAUUGUGAAAGACCGAGAUUUUGAGCAUGCUAACAGUGUGUUUGAUGUGACUGUCAAACAAGUGCCUAGGAGGUGUCACAGACUAAGAAUAGAAUUUGAGGAUCUGAGGAAGCUGUACAUGGGUCCAGCCCUGGAGCUUGAACAACCAGAUACUCUUCAGAAUAAAGUAUUUUUCGAUGUCAAUUUGUAUAUCUGCAAUCGUGGAAAAGACUUUUUAAGAGUGAUGUCCAAAUCAGAUUUUGAAGUUGCAACUGAUAUGGAAGGAAGAAGAUAUGUGUGGCUAAAGUACAACUCCAAGUUCAGCUUCAAGGAGCUGAUAGGUGGCCUGAGCGAGAACGACUCAGUCAUCCACGGCAACCAGAUAGGUGAACGCAUGUACGAGCGACCAGGUGAUCCAAAAUGCCCUGUGACUUCCUUUCUGCAAUACCUCACACAUCUACACCCAAUGACCGAGGCCUUCUGGCAAAGACCGAAGCGUAACUUUGUAUCCUCGGACUAUGUAUGGUAUGACAACACACCUCUUGGAAACAGCACCAUCAGCAAAAUCAUGACCCGGACAUGCCAGAUGGCGGGCCUGUUUGAGAACUACACAAACCACGCCAUUAAGAGCUCCUAUGUUCCCGUCAUAGAGAACAUCUGUCUAGACGCCAUGAGGAAGAUCCCGGUAGAUGGAGGACGAAGCUCGCCGCUGUCACACCAGAGACGUCAGGUGUCCCGCACCGACUCGGGGAUCGGAGAGGGGUCCGUGUGCUCCGACUUCAAAGACGGUCACACAGAUGACCUAGAAGAACCUAAGGAUGGACUACGUCAGGCCAAAAUGAAAGUCCUAGAUGUGGUACAUGGUUUAGAGGUGAAGGACAUUCGCACAUUUGUGGAAUGGCUGAAAACAUUUAGGGUGGAAUAUGAUGGGGGAGGUCUGAUGGUGAUGUGUAGUCCAGUGGACCAAAACAACAUUGAAGUAAAGAAUGACAUCAAACCAAAGAUAGACCUAGGCCUCCUCAAUGGAGACAAACUGAGAGAGUACUCCCCAACCCCACCACCAAAGAACAAGUCGGGGUCUUCCUCCCCCAUGGUACUUAAAAAUAUAGAACCCCUGACCAAACUUCCUCACCAAGAUACCAGAGAUAAGGCGGGGGAUGAACGAGCGGGGGAUUUAGGGGUAGCAGUGAAACAGGUGAAUUUUGAGUGUGUAAACAAUACCUACUGUUCCACGUCCCACAUCAUGCCUCUGAAGAUCACUGUACCAGGUGAGAAUUCCGUCCUUUUGUCUGGAGUAUUGGACAAUGUUCAGGUCCUUGUCCAUAACAAAGACUCCCCAUCGGUCAUUCCUGAACCAAUACAGUCCCGAAUAUUUUAUUCUCAGCAUGAAAAAGACGUAGCUGUUUUGUCCGUUCUCAGCCACAAAAGUGGUACCACAAAGUCAGCCCCAGCACCGGGAAUAGUUAGUGAGAAAGCUGACCCUUCCCUCCGACUUCUGCAGGACAAACAGAAGCCUGUCAAAAAGAGAAGCCUCACAGAUCUGAAUGCUGGCAUCCCCAGGGAGGACUACGAAAUGCCCCCCAAGAAACAGCCAGCGGUCAGCAACAUUCCUCCACUGGUAAAGAAUGACAUGAUUCCUAAAUUCCACCAUUUGACUGAGUUUAAGCCCACAUCCAUUUAUAAUGUCCCGAUGAUGAGUCAGUCUCCGCUCUAUGACCGGUUACCAAGAUCAAGGAACAUGCCCUUCGGACCGGUGCACCGCAGUCACAGUAGUCCGCUGAUAACGUUUGCUAAUACUGCUCCAUCGACAGUGCUGAGGAACACCGGUGAAGGAGUAGAUGUGAAGAGAGAAUUGAAGUAGAGACCUGCCAGUGCUAGCAGUAGUGAUGUUCCACGGAGAAGUUACAGCUAGAACUGUUCCAGUAAUGAUGAUCGAACUGUUCCAGUAAUGGUGAUAGAACAUUGAAAACUAGAAGAGGCAGGGGAGUGGACGUUACGUACUACCGUCAACUGGAACAUGUGAUAGAUGAUAGGAUUCUUCAGGUGUCAAUGGCAGGAGAUAGCAGGUAGAAUAGUGCUAUAGUCAGUGAAAACUGUAUUCUGAUUGUAUGUUAACUAAUUAGAGUAUUUAUAUUCUGGUGCCUUUUUUGUGAACUAGUGAGCGGACUAAUUUAUGAGGAACGCCAAAAUAUUAAAUAUUAUAUUAAGUAUUUCAGUAUUACCACAAAACAACACUGACAGCAGGUUACACCAAACAGUGCUUGAUGUGCAGUUACUCUGGGUUUUGAAUUGCACCAAGACACUGGCACAAGUAUGAUAGGGACUGGUUUCUGAUUUGUUGUGGAACUAGACUCAGUCUGAAUGCCAUUCCAGGAUGGGUUUUUUUGUGUGUAAACUUGUAUGUACUUUGAAAACAUAUUUGCAGGCGACGUCAAAUUGAAAUCUUUUACCAGUGAGCAUUGCCUGAUCACAGUCUUAAAUAUCAUCUGCACUGCAAGAUUAGGGUACAAUUUGUUAAAUUGAUAUUCAGUAAUUAUUCAAAAUGGCCAGGUGAGCAAUGUGAACCAUGGACCUCUUCUACUGUGAUAUUUACAAGAAACCAGUGUUGAUCUUGCUGUGGAAAAUAAAAUAAAAAAAACAACAGGAUGACCGAUUGUUGUGGCCUUCAGUACAUAAAAAAACAACAACAGGAUGACCGAUUGUUGUGGCCUUCAGUACAUAAAAAAACAACAACAGGAUGACCAAUUGUUGUGGCCUUCAGUACAUCUAUGCUCUUGUCAACUGUUAUUUCCAGUCAAUUACGAAUUCCAAUAAAUUCAGUGUGAAUUUUCUAUUUCCAGUACUAGUUAAUGUAAUAUAAUUAUUAGAUGUGACUCGGUUUUUGUUUGGCUAUUGCAGAUAUCAUCUAUCAGAUGAUCCUGUGCAUCAUGAUUUCAUACCUGUGAUGUUGAUAGAAGAAAUUUUAAUAAUUGUUUUUCAAGUGUUAUAUGUUUGUGCUAAAAGUCCUCAGUUUGUGAAUAUUUGAGUUGAUAUUUUCUUGCAUAUGUAUCAUCAGUUUGUAAGGUUUUAUGAAGAUGUUUAACUUUUUUAUAUUGUACAUUUCCAUGUUAAAUUUUCUGGUUGGUGUUUAUUGUAACCAUGGUAACUUUGAAAGUUUAUAGUGACACUACUGUUAGACUCUCAUAUAAAGCAAACACACGGUGAAAGUUCCUGUGUAGCUGGGAUUCCAGUGACACUGUCGUAGAAAAAGUCAACAUUAUUUAUGUCAUGAUUUUUCACUCAUUUGACUCUCUUCAACAUGCUCAAAUCUAAAGAAAGAUGACAAUUUGUUUCUGGAAACUUUUCCUACAUGAGAGUAAAAUUUCUGUACUUUUUACUUAAGGAUAGGCAGGGCACUGGUCAUGUGACUGAAAUGUUGUAGGUUAUGCCUGAGACUCCAUGUCAUGAUAGUGACUAUGACAUCAUAGCCUAGUAAACUAUAUAACAUCUCGUGGUGGGCUCUGGUGUUAUAACUGUUGGGUAUAUUGUGAUUUCUCAGUGAUAAUACAGGAACAGUGGUUCAAACACAAAGUUCAGGCCAAAAAUAAAAAUUGAUUUGUUUGAUGUACUCCGACCGACCCGUCAAAUUUGCUCCUACCCAAUCAUUUUUUUCGGCAAUUUAAAAUUUCAAUUUUUUUUUUCGGUUUCCUUGAAAAAUACAAAAUUCUCCUUAUUUUAAAAGAAAAUAUUAAAAAUUUUCACAACGUUAAAAAAAAAAGGAGAAAAAAAAACCUACCUACCAACCCACCUUGGAAAAGGUGGGUCGGAGUACAUCAAACAAAAAUAUCUGUAAUGAUGGCCUCAGUGUCACCCUAUUUCAACAUAAUGAUCAGCAUUCCUAUGAUGUAUUAAGUAGUGUAAAAAAAACGCUUACAGCGAAGUGCUGGGGACGUACCAUUUUGAUUCGUUAAAAAUGUAAUUCCUUACAUACAAUCAGUUCAUAAGAUGUUUCCUUACCUACCACCAGUUCAUAAGAUGUUUUAAAACUACAAGGAAAUGAACAUCAUUUUGCUGUAAGCAUGAAUUCAUAAAUGUGUUCACUGUACUGUAUUUUUCUUUGUAUAUUAAUAUUUUGUGUUUUAAAAAACUCCUUGGACAUUUUUAUUUUUCAUGAAAUCAGUUAAAUGUGUCUGUAAUAUAAGUGGGGAAAAAAGAAGUUUUCUGUAGUAAAACAAAAUUCAUGUAUUAAUAUCAUUUUUGACAGGUAUAUUUUUGUCUAAACCACAAAAUCUAAAAAAAAAAAAAAAAAAAAAAAGUGUUGAGAGGGUGUUCAUUCCCUGCAAUCUGUGUGAACUUCAGACAGAAAUUGAUUUCAGAGAAAGUGAAACAUGAUCAUGUUAUUCAGUUUUCACUGAUUUCUAAGGAAGGUAAUUCAACAAUGCUCUGCCUCAUAAGAACUAUCUAAAAUGUCAGGAACUCUGCUUCAUAAGAACUCUCUAAAAUGUCAGGAACUCUGCCUCAUAAGAACUAUCUAAAAUGACAGGAACUGUGCCUCAUACGAACUAUCUAAAAUGUCAGGAACUCUGCCCCUUAAGAACUAUCUAAAUGACAGGAAGUCUGCCUCUUAAGAACUAUCUAAAAUGACAGGAAGUCUGCCUCUUAAGAACUAUCUAAAAUGACAGGAAGUCUGCCUCUUAAGAACUAUCUAAAAUGACAAGAAGUCUGUCUCAUAAGAACUAUCUAAAAUAUCAAGAAGUCUGCCUCAUAAGAACUAUCUAAAAUGUCAGGAACUCUGCCUCAUAAGAACUAUCUAAAACGACAGGAACUCUGCCUCAUAAGAACUUUCUAAAAUGUCAGGAACUCUGCCUCAUAAGAACUAUCUAAAAUGACAGGAACUGUGCCUCAUACGAACUAUCUAAAAUGUCAGGAACUCUGCCCCUUAAGAACUAUCUAAAUGACAGGAACUCUGCCCCUUAAGAACUAUCUAAAAUGACAGGAAGUCUGCCUCUUAAGAACUAUCUAAAAUGACAGGAAGUCUGCCUCUUAAGAACUUUCUAAAAUGACAGGAAGUCUGUCUCAUAAGAACUAUCUAAAAUAUCAAGAAGUCUGCCUCAUAAGAACUAUCUAAAAUAUCAAGAAGUCUGCCUCAUAAGAACUAUCUAAAAUGUCAGGAACUCCUCUGGAUUUGACAAGUUGUAUACAUUUACCAAGUGAGAAAAAAUUAUUGACAAAUGAUUUUUUUUAUGCUACGUACUGUCCUGCCUAUUCUUAAAGGUUGUGGAAUAUUGAGAAAAUCACAGAAGAGUGUGCACAUUGCUUUACCUGACAGAGUUUAUUCUGACAGCCAGUUCUACUGUUCUUACCAGAUUAUUUUGUCAGUGUUUAUUGUCUGGUAGACUUGUACAUAUAUCAUUCUCAUUGGCAUCAAACUUGUGGCCAACCCCUCUGCUGAUUGAGGUAGAAGAGGAGACCGGGGUAGCUGAUCAGACGUGUAAAUUGAGGAGAAAAUUUGACUUUCAAAGAUUCGAGGACAAAAAAUUCUGUCCUAGCACGUGUGUCUCUAAAAAUGUUACCAACAGAAUGUGAAAGGUUUAGAUACAAAAUAUGAUAUUAAUGGGACAUGUCCAGACUGAUAUUUUUAAACAACAUUUCUUGUGACAAUUUGAAAGAGACACCUAGGUUUAUAUUGUUGUUCCUAUGAUUACAUGUAUCUGAGAUAAUACAUUUUCUUGUCUUUACAAUAAUGUAUGUAUUCUGUCGUAUCCUCACUUUACACGUUUUAUCCGCUAGGUAGAGGGGUGGAGACAAUGUAUAUAAACAAUAUCUAAUGUUGUGUAUGAUUAACAUUUCCGGAGGUCACGAGUGUGACCUAUCUUACCUCAGUCACUGUUCUGUAAUAAUGCAUCUAGAUGUCAGUAAACAGCUGGUAUCCAUGUAAUAGUACAAUUAUUGACAUUCAAAAAAUUUGCCCGAUAUUUAAAUCCGUGUGCCGUUGUGCUUUAAUGAUUGCAUUUACAUAUAUAUUGAUGUUUGUACAGUUUCACUUUUGUUCAUUUUGAAACAGUUAUUUUUUGAAAUUGUUAUCUUCAUCACUACAUGCAGUUUAGAGAUGUCUAUCUAUUGUACUUGUAAGAUUUUUUUUUAUCUUGAAACACAAUUACGACAUUCCACAUCAUCACAUGUUCUCAAGAGAUUGCCAUUGGCCAAUUUUCAUGAAUUGUACAGGUAUGCAUAUAUAGAUGUCAUUCAUUUGAAUUUCAUGUAUAGUUUACACAGUUGGAAUUUUUAUAACUUUAAUACGUGUAAUUGUUAAAAUUUUCCCGGUGAAAAAGAUGUUUUUGAUUCAGCAUCUUAAAGUGUCUGAUUUUGUGUAACACAUGAAGAAACAAUAUACAAAUCUGUAUAAAUUAUGUAAAGCUUCAAUCAGUCCCAUUUAUAUGUCACUUGUAAAAAAGGUGUAUGAAGUUGUAAGAAAUUUUUUUUAUCGCAUAUAGAAUAGAGGGUGGUGUUUAUGGGUUGUUAUUGAGUGUAUUUUACCAAGAUGUAGUAUUCUCGUUAAAUCAACACUUAGUAUUUUAUAACACAUAGAACUCUAUACACAUGCACUAUAUUAUAACUGUCAAUAUGAAUUUGUCCAUCAGACACCUGCCACACUACCAGGGGUACCUCUCAUUCCAACUUGAGUAUCAUCAAUAACCAAAGAGGACUAAUAGUUUAGUCCAGGAGACAUGAAAAUGUCUUUAAAAAAUAAAUUCAACUUUUGAUUUUCUCAAAGAAUGCACAUUAUCAGUAUUUCCCUUUAAAAUUUCAGACCAAGAAAAAGA